AAUUCCCACCCCAGUCCUGUACAAACCCACUUUGCCCGCAGCGAUGGCUGAAUCACAGAAGGGUUUGGGUUGGACGGGAUUUCAGAGGUAAUUUAAUUUCAAGUCCCCUGCCACGGGCAGGAACAGCUUGCAGCAGCCCAGGAGAAGAGAACCCGUUCAGAGCUGAUAUGGGAGCUCGGCUGGCAGGGCACCUUCUCCCAUCGCUCCUGGACUGAAGUCUGCUCCUGGUUUCCCAUCACCUCCAGGCCGGGGCACGGCCGGGGAGGGACGAUCGAGCCUUUCAGCAGCUGAUGAAGCUUCUAGACGGGCAGCCCGGACCGCAGCCUCCCAGACCUAAUCUCAUUAGCAGCACUCAAUUUGUGCGCACUGGGCUCGGCGCGGCCACUCUCCCGCAGCCCCUGGCUGUCCCACCACGCUGCUCCUCCCGUUCCCAUCCCCAUCCGCAUCCCCAUUCCCAUCCCCAUUCCCAUUCCCAUCCCCGCACCUCCCGGUGCUGUCGCGGCCCGGCCCGGGGAGCGGCCGCAGCAACAGGUGGGGCCUGCCGGGACCGCGGCUGAACCGAACCGAACCGACACCGGCACCGGCACCGACACCACUUCCCUCCAGCCAUGGCAGAGGCCUUGCAGGGACGCCCAGGGUCCGUCCUGGUGCCCAGGAGCUGCUGCCCCACCCGGGGAGCUGCCAGGGGCCGUGCCCAGCUGCCUGCCUGCAGGAUGACCCUCACCAGCACCACCAGCGUAGCCCAGGCCUUCUUCUGCCUCCUGCUCUGCAUCCCCUGGGGCAGCUCCUGCCCGCCCAGCUGCCAGUGCACGGAGCGGGCCGGGGCCAAGGCUGUGCUCUGCAGCUCCCAGCACCUGCAGGAGAUCCCCAAGGACAUCCCCAGGGACGCGGUGCUCCUCAAGCUGGACGCCAACAGCAUCACCAGCAUCCCCAGCAACGCCUUCAGGCGCCUGUCCCGCCUGCAGGAGAUCGACCUGUCCCGGAACGCCAUCGAGCACAUCGACAGGGCGGCCUUCAGAGGGGUGGCAGCCGGGCUGAGGAGCCUCGAUCUCUCCGGGAACCGCAUCCGCAGCAUUCCCAAGGAGGCUCUGCUGGCUCUCAGGGCCGAGCUGCGGCUGGCCGACAACCCGUGGCACUGCGGGUGCGCCCUGCAGGAGCUGCUGGGGGCGGCGCGGCUGCACCCCGGCUCGGUGCGGGACAUCACCUGCCACACGGCCCCGCGACACGAGCUCGUGGGCAAGCCGCUGCUGCAGGCGCUGGGCAGCGGCGCCAACCUCUGCAGCGUGCCACGGAGGAGCACGGACGUGGCCGUGCUGCUCGCCAUGUUCGCCUGGUUCGCCAUGCUCGCCGCUUAUCUCAUCUGCUACGUGCGGCACAACCGGGAGCGCUCCCGCGGGCACCGCGAGCGCCCGCGGGCACUGCCGGGCACACGGGGCCGGGCCGAGAGCGCCAGCACUGCCCUGUAGGGCAGGGAUGGGUGCCAGCUCCAGCAUCUUCACAUGGAGCCCAUCCAGAGACCUCCAGCACCACCCUCUAAGUCAGGGCUGGGUGCCAGCUUCAGGCUUAUCCACAGGGACCCCAUGGCAGAAAGCACCAGCACCACCCUGUAGUGAGGGAUGGGUGCCAGCCUCCAGCAUCUUUACAUGGAGCCCAUGGCAGAGAGCACCAGCCUCGGGGUCUCUGGCUGGUCAGAGUGACCCCAAAAUACACCAGGAAAGUGUGACAGUGUU